AUGUUUAAGAAAGAUAUCCCGCCGAGUAAUCGCUCUAAGGUCAAGUCCUCCGUGCAGCGCGGCCUGCGCCAAAAGCUGCUGGAGACCUACCCGGGCUUUGAGCCAUAUAUCGAGGAGAUUAUGCCCAAAAAGGCAUCCUUAGAAGCUAUCAAACUGCCCGAUCGAGUAACGCUCUACACAAUUGACUCAACUCCCCUCUUCUUCCAGCCCUUUGAUGGCCCUCCAAUCCCCCACCUUCGCCUCGUCCACCAAUUCCCCUCUGCCCUCCCGACUGUCCAGAUCGACCGCGGUGCCAUCCGCUUCGUGCUCUCCGGCGCCACUCUCAUGGCCCCCGGCUUGACCUCACCCGGCGGCCGCCUCCCGGAUGCUGAGAACGCUAUCGAGGCAGGCCAGGUUGUUGCCGUCAUGGCCGAGGGUAAGGAGGAGGCUUGUCUGGUAGGUGCGUUGAAAGUUAGCACCGAGGAGAUGAAGAGCAAAGGCAAGGGCGUUGUCAUGGACGAGGGACAUUAUCUGGGUGACGGACUUUGGAAAAUGCAGUUAGAUUAG